AUGGCGUCAUCUGUGAGCUCGCUUGCCGGCGCCAAUACACUCAGCUCCUUCCUUCCUUCUCGGCGCUCCUUUUUAUCUUCCACUGCUCGCUCGCCCCGAAGCUUCAUUCCGAAGAAUAUGUCUGCGUCAGCUGAUCAGAUUUCCGCAUCGCUUCCCCCUCUCCCGGAGAAUCGGAUCGUUGUCGGUUGCGGCUCACUGUCGGUGGACUUCUUGGCUGCGGUGGCUUCGUAUCCAAAUCCAGAUGACAAGAUUCGCAGCACUGAUGCCAAGGUCCAAGGAGGGGGAAAUGCGGGGAAUGCUUUGACUUGUGCUGCUCGUCUCGGACUCAAACCGCGCCUGAUUUCCAAGGUUGCUGAUGACUCUCAAGGGAAAGGCAUUCUGGAUGAACUUGAAGCUGAUGGCGUCGAUACAUCUUUUCUUGUGGUGUCCAAAGGCGGUAAUUCGCCAUUUACCUAUGUGAUUGUUGACAGUCAAACGAAAACUCGCACAUGCAUUCAUACUCCAGGAUACCCACCGAUGAUACCUGAUGAUCUUUCGAGUUCCAACUUGUCAGCUGCUAUAAAUGGAGCAAGCCUUGUCUAUUUUGAUGGAAGACUACAUGAAACAGCUUUGCUCAUUGCAGCAGAGGCAAACCGCAGGGGAAUCCCAAUUUUAAUUGAUGCAGAAAGGAAACGGGAAGGAUUGGAUGAUCUCUUGAAUCUGUCUAGUUAUAUUGUGUGUUCAGCGAAAUUUCCUCAGGCCUGGACUGAGGCUCCAUCCAUUGGAACUUCACUUGUUUCAAUGCUCUUGAGGUUGCCAAAUGCUAGAUUUGUGAUUGUGACCCUGGGUGAAGAGGGAUGUAUAAUGCUGGAGAGGGCUGAAUCUGAAAAUGUCCUCUUGGAAGAAACAGAUGUGGAUGGUUUAUUGGAGAAACUAAAACAGAAAAGACAGGACAGUAUAAACUUGCCAACUUGUGUAUCCUCGGAUAUUGCAAACUUACAUGCGAAGGGGAUUGGGACUGUGAAUGGUAGACUCUUUGUUGGAACUGCUGAGAAAGUACCACCUGAAGAACUUGUCGAUACAACUGGUGCUGGAGACGCUUUUAUUGGAGCUACACUUUACGCCAUUUCUGCGAAUAUGCCACCAGAAAAGAUGUUGCCAUUUGCAGCUCAAGUGGUGAGUAAAUAAGCUGUUGGGUACAUUGUUAAAAUGCCAUCAAAUGUUGUCAGGGUGUCACUUAUAGGAACUCGAGAGAACUCACUUGUUUCAUUUGCUGCUCUUCGUCCAUUGAAGGCAGCCAUAAACUGUAGGGCAUUGGGCGCCAGAACUGGUCUUCCACAUCGUACGGAUCCUCGCUUGGAGUCUUUUUUAGUUUCAAGACCCCAGGAGGCAGCCACCUUAGUUUAGCGAUACAGUCAUUAGACAGAAGCACAAUGGUCCGUCUACUUGGGGUUUUCAUUUUCGUGUUUUCUGCAACCUUUCUGUGGACCGACAUCCUACUUCUUUUGCUGCAAUACUUUCAAUGAUUCAGGGACACAAAGGAAAAAGAAUCAAAUUUGUACUAGUUAUGACGGGUUAUUUGGAUGCUUAAGCAAAUUUCAUAAGCCUGCAAUUUCAGUUUCAAUGUAUCAAAAGCAAUUAGCUAGAAAGAAAAAAAAGAAGGGCAAAGAGGUCAAAAUGUGACUCAUAAGCCUGGAAAAGGCAACGACUUAAACUAUCAAAGUCAAGAAAUUACAGCAGAAGAUUACUACCCAAUCAAAGUUAACAGGUUACAUCAAGCUAUUCAGCCAUAAAGCAACCAAGACAAAAUACUACCCUUCCUUCUGAAACUAACAAUAUUUUACAACAAAAGAUCUAAAAGAUCAUCUACUAAAUUAGCCUAAACCCAGUCGGCCUAUAACAUGCUAUCAGCUCUUGUUGGCAACCUCUUGAAGAAGCUGACUGCCCUUGAAGGGAGCCGAUUCCUGAACUUGGGUGGCCUCAAAAGAUAGAGUCCCCAAAGAGCCACAAUCCAUUUAAAUGGUACGGCAUAGAACCCACAUGCAGCAGCCAAACAGACCAUGAUAAACAAGAAUGUGGCUCUUGGAUCCCUCCAACUUAGCAAAGCCUGAAAGCGCUCGCCUUGAGUGGCCAUAUCUCCCACCACAGAUUGAAUCCUCCCAGCAACGCUUCUCAGACGAUCAUACCUCAUCCUAAUAAUCUCAGCAGCUCGACUUGAUGGGAAUGAAUCAAAUUCUUCAUCCAAUUCAUCAGGGUGCACAACAUCAGCAUAGGAUAGGCGGGUGUCCAUAUGAGGCGGGUGGCGUGGCCUGGAUCUAUAUCGCCAAAGCCCCAUAGCAGCCAUGGUAAGUAAAACACAGGGUACGAUCAGCUCAGGCAACAAGACAAAGAUCAUGAAAACGAUCAAGAACACUGCAGAGUAAACCGGCUUGUGCCAGUUCCGGACGGUCUCCAAAAACCUGCUCACGGCUACGAACCAUGCUAAGAUAUUAGUUAGCCUGAAGAAGUUGGCUUUGCUCUUUCUCAUGCUCCACAUGUGAGAAUCAUGAUCAAGCAUAUACUCGACUACAUCUCUCACCAGAGGUGGCUCUGCUCGGCCCAGCCUCGAUGCCACUACAUUCAUGGCUUGGUACCUCAAGCUGUCUAACUGAUUCACAGACAAUGGCUGCACGUAAUGCAUCUUUGGAAGUAAAGGCAUUGUAUACAUGCAAAGCAUAUUGACCAUAUUAGCACAAGAAAACCGAACAGCCAAGUGAAGUUCUCCCAUCUUCUUUACACCAGAUGGAUGCAGCAUCAACAGUGGAUAAGCAUGAGUAUAUACUUUAUCAGAUUCAAGAGUUGAUAAUCUAAUUCUAACCUUCCCAAUCCGAGAAUCACGAGUUGUAGCCGAUACAACAUUUUUGUCCACCCGUGCAUUAUCAAACACCCCAAUGGUGAUCACAGUGCAAGGAUCAAACACUUCCCACGUAUACUGCUCGUUCCAUUUUGGCGACAAGCUGUCAACCACAGUCCUAGUUCGAACCCAUUUCUGACCAUAUUUCGCUACACAAUAAGCGUCAGUGGAGCCUCCUUUGCCUUCCUUAAUCUUAACAGGUACAAGGUUGGAAGCACCCAAAACUCCAACCUCAAGAACUCCAAUGUGUGGCUUCCAGAGCUGCUUUGCUGUUGGUCUGACAUCACUGCUAUACAUGGUAGCCUCAUCCAGGACAUGAUACCCUCCAUCAAGAGAUGCCAGAAGGUGAAUUCGGGAGGCGAAUCUCAUCACAGACUUAGAAGAAUCAUUCUGAUUGCCAAGAUGAAUAUCAAGAUUGAACCACCUAGAUGUAACAGGCUUAUCAUCCAGCCUCUUCUCAAUAUUUGUAACUGGUAACAACACCCUCCCCACAGUCUCAUCCCUGUUUGGAGCUAAAUGAUCUUCAACUGAGACCAAAACAUAGUCUUCAAACGGUUCAGCAACAACAAAAAGCAAGUCUUCAUUCCAAACAGGAUUCGAAAGACUCUUACUAGCAACAGGGGAAGCAAUUCUAGUCCUCAAAACCUGGUUACCAACUUGAACUUUUGCAAAAAGCUCAGGAUACCUCAUCAAAGAAGACCCUUUUUCCCCCAUUACAACAUCUUGUGCUUCAAUAACAUUAACCCUAAGGUACCAAAGCUUAGGUGAGAGAUAAACCUUGGACUUAAUGGAACACAAACCAUCAGUACUUACAUUUGCAGCCUUGGAAUGCCAUGCUUCCGCAAAGGCUUCAUCAGCUUGUGUUCCCAACCAAAUAGCCACCAUAACUUCACCCCCCUUGGCUUUCUCCCCUUUCCUGUCAUCCAUUCUAUACCAUUGAGGAGCCAGCUGACUAUCUGGAGGAACCCUUUUAGGAACCUCAUUAAGAUCAAACCAAACACGCCCCAAGAAAUCUUCUUUAUUGCUCUCCUUCACAAAAAUCUCCACAACUGAAGACUGAAUACAGUCCUUAGAAAAGGCAAAAACUUGGUCCCACUCAGCACUAUUCAAAGGCACCCUCUUUGUAAUUCCCCUGUAGUUCCCAAGUUUGACCUCUGCAACCAGCUCCCCUCCACCAAACACUGAGAUUUCACGAGCCUUAACAACUCUGACGUACAAAUACUGCAUUUGCUCCACAAGGUCGUACGUUGAGCUCGUCUUGUCCUUGUUCAGUGGGCCCCCACCAAGGUGAGGCCGAGUUUCUUUCAGAGAAUACUCCCCAUGCCCUGUUGAGUACAUCCCCAUUCCACCAACUGGAACACCUCCUCCUCCUCCUCCGCCGCCGCCAAGUCCGGCGGGAUUCACCGCCGGGAUGACCGGACCGGGGACGGUUGUGAUGACGACAGGCUUGAUUUCACCUGGGCCUGGGUCAACAGGCUUUGCAUGACCAUGAUGAUUAUGGGAAUUCAAUUUGCUUUCUUGGCCCAGGUUUUGCUGAAUCGCCAUACUGGUCCCCUGUUGCUGCUGAAGCUUCUUGUUCUUCUUUGAAGAAGAAACCAAAAUCCCAUUAUUAUUAUUAUUACUAUUACCGCCAUUGAUGACUUGUUUAACCUCUUCCCGGGUUGAUAAGUAGAGCUUCAAGGUAAUUUCCCCACGGACAUGAGAAAAAAGGCUUCUUUUAUCCAGAGUAUAAAGCUGGGCUAAUGCUUCCCCUUCUCUAGCUAUGCUUGAACCAGAGACCCUGACUUUUCCCAGGAAAUUCCUGCUGUUAUUGGACCUCCUCUCGUUGAAAACGUUAAUCUCCACCGUCCGGUAAGGAAGGUCAGCAGCAUCAUUGACGGAAAAAACGAGCUUUUCAUUCCAAACAGGGUUGAGGUCUCUGUAUUUCACGGUGGUUUUUUGUCUUUGGCUCUCAAACUCAACUUCUACAAAAGGUGAUGAUGAACCUUCACCAUCUUUUGGCAUCAAGUUAUGGGCUCCAAUCACUUCUACCACCAGCUUUUCUUUACUGUUAAGGUUCAUUCUGUUGCUGUAUAAGCCAGAAUAAUGUUGAAUAUCAGAAGGGUAUGGAUGGAGGAAGGAAGAAUGAAGAAAUGCAGAGAAUAAAGAAGGGAUUUUUAAUUUUAUUUGUUGUUCAGAAGGUUUUUGAAGUGAAGGAAGCAGGUGAAUAAUAGUGGAUAGGAAAGAAUAGGACUGGUGGGAGAGACAAAAAAGAAAUAGACUUGACUAGUGAGAGUGUUGAGAGCAAAAGGAGAGAAAGAGAGAGAGAGAAAUUCAUUCAUUCAAGCUAGCUUGUUUGAAUUGGGAAAUCCUACUCGCGGACUUAGCUGUACAACAGAGCGCGUCGGUUCAAAACCGUACUAGGAAAGUAUAGUAAAUUCUCUCGUGUUUCUUCUGAAGAGAAAUAAAUUCUCAUGUUGACCCCCAUUGAAUAACAUCCCCAUAUCAACCGUUACUUUAUUAUUGUUAUAUGAUUCUCGUCAGAGAAGAUAGAAUAUUGUUAUUGUUAGGGGGUUUACACUGUUUAUCCAUUUAGCUUCAUCGGUUAAUUAGAUAGUUCUGUCAGAUUGAAUAGGAAGCAACACAUUUUUUCAGAGUCUUUAAUUGUACGUGGUACACUUUUUCUGUUUGAUUCCUUUAAUUUUCAUGGUAUGUUGUAGAUUAUGAUAGUAUUCUAACAAAUUUUGUUGUACUAUAUUGUAAACUGAAAACAAUCACUUAUAAACGU